GAAUGGGAAGGGAAGAUCUUCUUGGACGUCUUCAUAUAAAUGCCGGCAGUGCUCGCAGCACGGGAUCAUAGAUUCGAUCUCGUUCAAAUCGACAGCCGCACCGAACCGCCGACAAUCGUCGUCGUCGUCGUAGUCUCUCGUCAUCGUCAUCACCAUGCAGUACCUAAUCUUGGCAUUAGCUCUCUUCGGCUGCGCUUUCGGGCAAUUCGGGCCAUACCGCGGCUUCUCCAACCAAAAUGCCUACAGACCGACGCCGAGGCCCUAUCAGCCGCAGCCGCAGCCGCAGCCGUUGCAGCCUCAAUACACAUCACCCGGAAAGUUCAUAGCUAUUCGAAGCCAACAGAAAGACUCGUCGCCCGAUGGAUCUUACAGCUUCAGCUAUGAAACCGAGAAUGGAAUCUCCGUAUCCGAGAGCGGACACCCUCAAGCCGGUCCUCAGGGUCAAACGGAGGUGGUCCAAGGCAGAUACUCGUACCCCGCGCCCGAUGGCACCCCCAUCACCAUCGAGUACACGGCCGACGAGAACGGUUUCCAUGCGCAGGGCGCUCACAUCCCGACGCCACCACCCAUCCCCGAGGCCAUCAGAAGGGCGCUCGCGGCGAACCCACCCGGUCCCGAUGACUCCAAGUACGACCAACAGCAGCCCUUCCAGCAGAGAUUCGGCGGACCGGUGUACAACGCCAACCCCUUCCGAAGAUUCUAGUUUCGCCGCGACACGCAUCUCGAUCGUAUGGAAAAAGCUUCCUCCUCUUCCACCAGGAAGUAUGCAUCCACGACCAGCGCACAGCCAGACGAAUCGAUCGGAGGGAGGGAGGCUCGGCCAGGUAUCGACCGACUCUUACGGAUCACCUUCGCUCGGACUCUAACCGGAAGUGAUACGUGUACAUAUAGGACACAGUACGGCGGGCAACAACAACAACAAGUAUCGGGAACUCCUACGCAACAUAACUGUCGUUACGCAAUAAAUCAGUAUAUAUAUUGUUUCUA